UCUUGCAUCAUUUGRGAUUUGGGCUAUUUGGAAUCUUUCGUUCAAAUCUCGCUGAAAGUUCGUGAAGGGCUCGUAUAGAAAAGUUAACGUUCGAUUUAUCAUCGGUAAAACCUCGUUCUCGAAUCGAAGCAGAACGUGGCAUCUUUGGAAAAUGGCAUUUGCUGGAGAUUUUGCGAUAGUAUUUUUCUCUCAAUUGCUUUUCUUUGGAAUGGGAUGGAUAUUUUUCAUGAGAAGACUUUUCAGAAACUAUGAAGUSCAUCAUYUAGCAGUACAGAUAGUAUUCUCGAUCACUUUUGCUUUGUCAUGCACUAUGUUUGAACUGAUCAUUUUUGAAAUCCUUGGAAUCCUGGACAAGAACUCUCGAUAUUUUCAUUGGAAAGUUGGCAUUUUUUCGAUGCUUUUUACUCUCAUAUUUCUYCUUCCGUUCUACAUCUCUUACUUYUUGGUGAAGAACAUUAGUUUUGUGACAAAUAGAGUUUCAGUGGUCGCUCUUGCUUCUGGGUUUUGGUUGGCAUUUCUUUAUUUGUUCUGGAAGAUUGGAAAUCCAUUUCCCAUCUUGAACCCUAGGCAUGGUAUAUUUUCAAUUGAACAAGGAAUCAGUAGAGUGGGAGUGAUAGGCGUAACUGUUAUGGCUAUUUUAUCAGGAUUUGGUGCAGUAAACUGCCCAUAYACAUACAUGACAUUCUUUAUGAGACAUGUGACUGACUCUGACAUUCAAUCCCUGGARAAAAGACUUGCUCAAACUAUGGAUAUGGUUCUCAGUAAGAAAAAGAGGAUUGCAUUGGCUAGGAAAGAAAGUCAAAGGUUUGCUGCAUCUUCACAGGUCAAAUCAGGUCUUUGGGGAAUGUUUAGUAAUGUAUCUAGCAGGAUGGAGAAUACAUCACAUCUUCAGACAGAAGUUGAUGCCAUGGAAGAGCUUAGUCGCCAGCUGUUUCUUGAAAUUGUUGAUUUGCAUUGUACUCGACAGAGAAUGGAAUUCUCAAAAACCUUACAGGGAAAAUAUUUUGAUUUCUUAGGACAUAUCUUUUCGGGUUACUGCAUCUGGAAGAUCUUCAUCUCUACAGUGAACAUUGUAUUUGAUCGUGUUGGCAAAGUUGAUCCAGUAACACGAACUAUUGAUAUCACUGUGAAGUAUUUGGGAAUGCAGUUUGACGUUUUAUUUUGGUCACAGCAAUUUUCGUUUCUCUUAAUAGGAAUCUUAAUAAUUACCUCAAUUCGUGGUCUUCUAAUAACUUUCACUAAAUUUUUCAAUGCCAUGGCAAGCAGUAAAUCAUCCAAUGUGAUUGUUUUGGUUCUUGCWGAAAUCAUGGGCAUGUACUUUGUGUCUUCAGUWCUUCUAAUGAGAAUGAAUAUGCCAGUUGCAUACAGAGAAAUAAUUACAGAAGUGCUUGGACUUCUGCAGUUUAAUUUCUAUCAUCGAUGGUUUGAUGUCAUUUUUCUUGUAAGUGCUUUGUCAAGUAUUGGCUUCUUAUACUUGGCCCACAAACAGGCUCCAGAAAAACACAUGAACGAUUAUUUUUAAGUUUGUUGUUAACUUGAGCAAGACAGUUAUACUGAAAACUUUCUUAGACUGAAGGCAAACUUACAUGAGAGUAAUGCAUGACAUAAUUAUUUAUGUAUUUCAUUGAAACAAAUAAGAUGUGUGCCUCAUGAAAUGAACAGCUAUGAAACUAAAUAGAUAUCGGAAUCAAGUUGUUCUACAAUUUUCUUGUGUUUUUCUUGUGGUUAUAUUACAUUUAAAAGAAUAAACACASUCAAACAA